GGCUUUCAAUAAUACUCUAAGCCCUUAAGAGAGUGCCUUCACAUCGAAAACCCACCUACAAUACUCUCUUUCGCUCUCUCUCAUUAUCUUCUUUCUUAGAAGUCUUUCCUUUACAAACCCUAAGUAUAUCUCAAAACUUGUCAUCUGACUAUAAUUUUCAGAUCACUGUGGUUUAGAUACUUCUUCCUGUUUAUCCUGAAGACAAAUAAUACUGCUUUUCAGAAGCAUAUCAAGAGAAAGCUGCGGACUUUUCUCGUUGCAAGGAAAAGAUACCAGAAGAUCCAAUGGAAGUUGCAAGUGAAGAAGAUCAUGUCAUGCCUAUACCAAUAAGCACUGCUUAUGACAAUAGUUAUGGUGCUCAUGGACACAUGAUUCAUCAUCAUCCGGCCAAUUCUACUGCUCCAAACCCACCAAUAGUCCCCUCAAAUGGUAAUGGUCUUGACAAAAAUCAUGAUCCUCCUCCUCCUCAUCUUGUGGAUUACAAUACCAUGCUCAACAACAACAACAUUAAAAAGGAGAAGCCAGUGGUGAUCAAGUACAAGGAAUGUCUGAAGAAUCAUGCAGCUUCCAUGGGAGGCAAUGCUAUUGAUGGUUGUGGAGAAUUUAUGCCAAGCGGUGAAGAAGGUUCCAUUGAAGCUCUCACUUGCUCAGCUUGUAACUGCCACAGAAACUUCCAUAGAAGAGAAAUCGAAGGCCAAGAAAACACCUUCUUCUCCACUUACUACCACCACCACCACCAACCACCUCAACCUCAGAGAAAACUCAUGUUCCAUCACAGCCAUAACAAGAUGAUAAAAUCGCCAUUACCACAGCAAAUGGUAAUGCCAAUUGGCGUUGCAACCGCAGCUGGAUCAAACUCAGAGUCAGAAGAUCAUCUGGAGGAAGACGGUCAGGUACCACCGCCUCCAGCACCGUACAGUUACGGCCGACAUAAUCAGAAGAAAAGGUAUAGAACAAAGUUUAGUCAAGAACAGAAGGAGAAGAUGCUGAGUUUUGCGGAGAGCAUUGGUUGGAAGAUGCAGAGACAGGAGGAAGCUGUUGUUCAGCAGUUUUGUCAAGAGAUUGGAGUUCGGAGAAGAGUUCUUAAAGUUUGGAUACAUAACAACAAACACAAUCUAUCCAAGAAGAGCAACAACGUUAUUAACAAUGUCGUUGAGCUUUCUUCUGGUAAUAACGACAUCAAUAAAUCCCCCAUUGAGAAUCUUGCUUCUAUUCCUUAGUUUAAGUUAAGAUUGUGGUUCUAUGUGUGUUCUCUUGGGAUUUCUUAAUUUAUAACUACCUUAAUUAUUAAUGUUUAACUCUUUGUUGGUUUGUUAAUUAAUCAUUGUGUGGCUAGCUUCUAUAUCUAUACUAUUAAAUGA